AUGAAUAAUAAUAUCAUUUUCUUGUUCUUGUUCUUCUUGUUCGCAACAACGAUAAACUCAUUUACUAUCAGAAAAAGAGCAGACGACGCUGGUAAAUUUACCCAGUGCGCUGGUACAUUCCCCAUCACUGUUACCGAGGAUACAUAUACCCCGGCCACAAUUGUGCCUGGGGAAACCAUCACCGAACAUGUUGUAUGGGAUAGCACUGUCGAAGUUGAUCCAAAAACACGUAUUCACGUGACAAUAACCACACUUGAUGGCACACCAAUACUUUCACAUGAACAUACUUUUUGUGGAAGUGAAGCAGUACCCCCUGAAGUAAAAUGUCCAAUUCCAGUAGGACACCUUGACUAUACAGUCAAAUAUGCACUUCCUCCUAGUCCCGACCAACCUAAAGCUCAAACUGUCCAACUUUACAUAAACAGGACUCUUAUAAGCCCGGAUAAAACGACUUUACAAUGUGUAGAAGGCACGAUCACUGUUGCAUUCCCUUAA